AUAUAAAGACUCGUUUCGUCUCCACCAACUUCACACUUUCAUAAACUGAAAAAAGCUCUUUUACUGUACGGACGAAGCUGGAGAGAAUCAGAGAUCGAACAACGUUCGAAGCUUGAGAGAAUCAGAGAAAGACUGUGUUGAUUAAUGGAGAAAGCGAGUAAAGUGGCUGAGAUUGUAGCAGAGGAAAGCAAUUCGUCGACCAUGGGAGCUAUAGUGGGCAAGUACAGCAAAGCGGAAGAGAUGGCGAAGGAGGUGGUUCAGGUACUUGGUGGUAAUGGUGGCGUCGUUCAGAUGAGCAAGACUGGUUCUAAUGAGUAUGAAGACUGCGACGCUACCAAGAACAAGAUUCGGAUUCAAGUCUCCAAAACCAAGAGGCCUCUUUUCUUCUACCUCAAUCUCGCUAAGAAGUACAUCAAGCAGUGCUAUGAAGUUGAGCUCUCUGGUCUUGGCACCGCUAUUCCCACUGUCAUCCUAAUUACUGAGAUUCUGAAACGCAGUGGAAUGGCAGUUCAAAAGAAUAUAAGGACAUCUACUAUCGGAGCCAGAGAGGAAAAGAAAGGCAGGGUGAUGGUGAAGGCUCAGAUUGAGAUUUUGCUGAGAAUGGCUGAUAAGAUGGAUGGGAACUCGGUUGUUUCCACAUCCAAUUAAGAAGGCAGGCUGCUGCUGCUGCGGCUGAAUAACAAGUGUACCAUUUUAGAGUUUUUUAUUGUUUCUUUUGUCUUUUCCCUUGUAAAUGAUUAGAUUAGGCUACUGCUGCAUGCUACAGAUGCUGAUGGAAACAAUGUCCUUCUUAGGUCUUAGUACUGUUCAUUUUUACAUUUUUUCUUAGUGUUGUUCUGAACAAAACUUCUGCUGCCAUUUCUUACUGGCAUGUUACUGCAUGAAUAAAUAUCAAGUUUUUCCA